AUGUCUCCAGACAUGAACGGAGACCUGGUGUGGUCCGACGAGGCUGAGCUAUUUGGCGCUUACUUCGUCGUUACUGAUUAUACCGGCGAUACCAAGGGUCAUUUCGGCGAUAGCAUCCAAUAUGCCGGCGCCACCUCCUCGUGGGGAUGCUCGCACAAUACCGGUAUCGCUUUCGAGGCUGCUGAUGCUCCACCGUUCGCCAGUGUAUGCUCCGAAGACCAAGGCGAGAUCUGGCUCAACACCAAGACACAAGGCAUGGGCAACAGUGGUGCUAAGAUCUCCAACGAAAACACAAUCAACGGUGCCGGCAAUGAGGCCUUUGGUGGCAUGUCUGGCUCUUUCUCUGGGCUUGCUAGAUUCAUCAACUCGACGGCGUAUGCUCUCGCCUGGAUAUCCCGUGGUGCUGUGGACCUUAGCGAGAAUACCUGGAUGGGCAGCGGAUAUACUCACUCCAACAACCGCACUAAUGGCCGCCGUGUAGCACUAUCUAUGCUUAGCGACAAAGAAACUCUAGUCGGACCGCAAGCUACCAGCGAAGUUGGUGCCGCAGAUGGCGACAGCCAGAUCAACUGGAUCACUCCUACGAUCGGUCCUGAUCGUAGCAAUGCUCAUGUUGCAGCCUUCGACGACGAGUAUGCUCUUGUCACCUGGGAGGAGAUUGCGGAUCCCUUCUGUGACUUCAUUGCUAUGGGCUGCAGUGGGAAGUUCACCGGCACUUAUUACUAA